AUGCCUCUGCCAGGAGACCGACGAUCCAUUGCGGGCCCCACAAGCAGCGACUCUCAUAUAGAGUCUGUAGGUGGGGGGCCCCCGAGGCCCCCUGUACAGGGGCCCCGUCAUUUUGCUGCUGCCUUCUCUAGGGCCCCCCAGGCCCUCCCUGGUGCUGCAGAUACAUGGGCAGCAGCAGGUGGGGCCUCGCAUUGGGGGGCCCCUACAGGAGGAGGAGCAGAUGGUAGUACAUUACGUUGGAGGGGAGGGGGCCCCCAGGGUACAGCAGGGGGCCCCCUAGGAGGCAGCAGUCCUCAUAUGGGUAUAGAGAGGGAUGGAGGGUACUAUACGGAGACAGUAAAUCAUAUGUUAGAUGAGUGUACGGAUGCCGUAGAGGGGCCCCCUGGGGGCCCCCCGGGGGGCCCAGCUGGGGGCCCCUCUCUAACGGAUCCAUUAGGUUUAUUACAAGAAGAAAGAGAGGUAUUAUUAAAUAGAGGGAGGGGGGGCCCCCUUGGGGGCCCCCAUGGGGGGGCCUCAGGAGAGGGUAGUAACAUGACAGGGUACUGUGCCCUAUCUCAGGACCCUGCUGCAUCUGCUGCUGUUGCUGCACAAUUAGCGGAUACACCUGGAGAUCGUCAUGCUUAUGCUGCUGCACUACAACAUCAUCAGCAGCACCAACUACAGCAGCAGCAGCAGCAGCAGCAGCAGCAGCAGCAUGGUGGUGGUGCAAGAGUCUCCUUUGGUGGUCUUGAGUCUGUUGUCUCCUCUGCUGCAUCACAAGACUCAAGUAUAGGUGGUCAUGAUGGGGGCCCCCCUUAUCAUAUAGGGGGCCCCCCACCCCCCCGUAGUAGUAGUUCUAGUGUAGAUAGUAGACAUUAUCAGCAGCAGCAACAACAGCAGCAGCAGCAGCAGCAGCAGCAGCAAAUGCUGCUAGGUCAACAACACCGACCUAGUCGUUAUAUAUCCGUUGCUGCUGCUGUUGGUGGAUCUGCUGGAGGAGGAGGUACAACAGCAGGUGUAGGAGGAGGAGGAGGAGGAGGAGGAGGAGUAUCAGGUACAAGUACAGGAGCAACAGGAGCAGCAGCAGCAGCAGCAGCAGCAGCAGCAGCAGCAGGAGAGGAGGAGGUAUGGGCAUUAGGGGAGAAGGGACCAUUUGUAUUCACGGAUGUACAUCCUAUACCAUCAAUAGAGAUAAGAAGACAUGUUAUAUUAAUAUGUCUUCCUCCUAUUACUUGUUUCUUAUUAAAAGAUACUAUUUAUCUUCUUGUUACUGAGGAUCUUAAACCUGAUGAACUUAUUUGUCAAUUAUGUAGAUUAACUAAAUAUUAUUCUAUUCAUCAACAGCAGCAGCAACAAGUGCAGCAGCAGCAGCAGCAACAACAGCAGCAACUGCAGCAGCAACAAGUGCAACAGCAGCAACAAGUGCAACAACAACAGCAAGCAACAGGAGAAACUGCAGGGACAGGAGGCAAUGAUACAGAUGCUCAUUAUUAUAAGGAUAAACAUGAUCUAUAUACUACUAUACCUUUUAAACAUACACAGCAGCAAGUGCAGCAAGUGCAGCAGCAAGUGCAGCAGCAAGUGCAGCAGCAAGUGCAGCAGCAAGUGCAGCAGCAAGUGCAGCAGCAUAAGUUGGGGCAACAACAGUUAUCAGCAUUAGCACAAACAUCUAAGGCUAUUAUAGGAGGUAUUAAAGGAAUUGUACCCUUAACAGGUACUACUAGUGGUAGUAGUGGGGGGCCCCCAGGAGGUGGGGGGCCCCCAGGAGGUGGUACUGGUGGUGCAGGUGGUGGGGGGGCCCCUACAUCACCACGUGCUCAAGGAAGAGGAGAUGGGGGGCAUCAUGUAGCAUUUGAUGGUGAUGGGGCCCCAGGAGCAGGAGGAGAUGGGGGCCCCCGAUCUAAUUCUUGCUGCUCUGUUGGUAAUAAUAAUACUAAUAAUAUUAACAGCAGCAGCAGCAGCAGCAGCAGCAGCAGCAGUCAUAAACUUCCUUUUGAGUUUGCUGCUUUAGAGUGUAUCUUCUUUGCUGCAUUCCAACAAUUAAAUGCAGAUAUUCUUUAUCUAGAAGGUAAAUACGGAGAAGCACAACAUAGGACAAGAACAAAGGGAGAAUUAUUAUCUUUAUUAAUGGAGGAUUUGCAUGCACUUAAGGAACCUAUUUCUUUAUAUCAGGAUCGUGUAGACGCAUUUGAUAAAGCAUUUGAUGAAUUAAUUAGUAAUAAUACUUAUCUACAAAGGAUGGAGUUAUCUAAGUAUGCUAAAUAUCCUAAUUUAUAUGAAGAACCUACAGAUAAGGAGGCAGUAAACCCUGACCUUGAGAUUCUUCUAGAAUACUUUGACCAAGAAAUAGACCAGUUUAAAAUUCGUGUUCGUCAUUUAAAAGGUUCAAUAGAAGACAGCGAAAGAUUAUUAACAUUAAGAUUAGCUGUUAUGAGAAAUUCUCUUAUUAAAUCAGAAUUAGCUGCUACUUUAUUAGCUGCUGGUCUUGCUGUUGGUACCUCUAUAUCUGGUAUAUUUGGUAUGAAUUUACAGAAUGGUAAUGAGGAAGGAAGUAGUAGUCAUACUGAUGAGUGCAUGCAUGGAGGAGAGUAA